CGCCUUGCGUUCCACGAUCUUUCACCCCAAGCUCCGACGCUUGUCCUGGUCAUGCCGAAGGAGCCAAUUAUCAGGUUAUCUGAAGCAGAAGAUUCUGGCGAACCUCUUCUUGGGCGUUUAGUGAUUGUUGGCAAGAAGCGUGCUGCUCACCUGGGCCCGACCGAUGGAUUCCGGACGGUUGUGGACGAAGGGCCCGAGGGCGGGCAGCCUGUCUGUCACCUUCUUGGGCGUUUAGUGAUUGUUGGCAAGAAGCGUGCUGCUCACCUGGGCCCGACCGAUGGAUUCCGGACGGUUGUGGACGAAGGGCCCGAGGGCGGGCAGCCUGUCUGUCACGUACAUCUGCGCAUUCUGGGUGGCCGUCAGUUGGGCUGGCCGCCUGGCUAA